AAAAUCAACACGGGUGGGAAAUUUCGCCUUAUCGUUAUUGUCAUCCAGCUCUGACAGACUUCCUCUCCCUUCUUCUCCGCCAUCGCUGAGAGAGCUUCGGAUUAGAGAGACUUGCAAUUCAAUUCCUCCUCCGCAUCCGAACAUGGCUUGCAUUCACAGCUACGGCUCCAUAGCUUCCAUCUCUCUUCCCACCUCCCCUUCGUUCUCGCCAAAAUCCAGAUGCGCCUACAAGCCUCGCUUUCUCUGCGCCCUCGGAGGGAGUGUGGCAGAACCCCAAGUUGCCUCCGUUGCCGAGCCUCUUUUGCUCAAUGCAGUUCGCGGGGACGAUGUUGAGAGACCCCCAGUUUGGCUCAUGAGGCAAGCAGGGAGGUACAUGAAGAGUUACCAAACUCUCUGUGAGAGGUACCCUUCGUUUCGAGAAAGAUCUGAAAAUGUUGACCUCAUUGUCGAAAUUUCGCUACAGCCCUGGAAGGUCUUCAAGCCUGAUGGUGUCAUUUUGUUCUCGGAUAUUCUAACUCCUCUUUCCGGGAUGAAUAUACCAUUUGACAUUGUAAAAGGUAAGGGUCCUGUAAUAUUCAAUCCUCUGCAUACUGCUGAUGAUAUUGAUCAAGUAAGAGAGUUUGUUCCACAAGAAUCAGUUCCAUAUGUUGGGGAAGCAUUGACAAUCUUGCGAAGGAGGUCUAACAUCUUCUCUACUUAUUCUGUUCCAACUUUGAAUAUAUUUUUCAUUUCAUCGUUGGUAUCCUUACUGAUAUCUUUACUUUUCCAGGUAGAUAAUAAGGCAGCAGUGCUAGGUUUUGUCGGGGCUCCUUUCACCCUAGCAUCGUAUGUGGUGGAAGGUGGUUCAUCAAAGCAUUUCUCAAACAUAAAGAGAUUAGCCUUCUCUCAACCAAAGGUCCUCCAUGCAUUACUUCAGAAAUUUACAACUUCGAUGACAAAGUAUAUUCGAUACCAAGCUGAUAAUGGAGCUCAAGCCGUUCAGAUCUUUGACUCAUGGGCCACAGAACUCAGCCCUGUGGAUUUUGAGGAAUUCAGUCUGCCAUACUUGAAGAAAAUCGUGGAUGCUGUGAAGGAGACCCAUCCAGAUCUCCCUUUAAUCCUUUACGCAAGUGGAUCUGGGGGUUUGCUUGAGAGGCUAGCUUUGACCGGUGUUGAUGUAGUUAGCUUGGACUGGACAGUUGAUAUGGCGGAAGGUAGAAGACGACUGGGACCAAAUAUAGCAGUUCAAGGUAAUGUGGAUCCCGGUGUUCUUUUUGGUUCGAAAGAAUUCAUCACCAGUAGAAUAAACGAUACGGUGAGGAAAGCCGGUAGAGGAAAACAUAUUUUGAAUCUUGGCCACGGCAUUGUAGUUGGUACACCUGAGGAGAAUGUUGCCCAUUUCUUUGAGGUUGCUAAAGAUAUCAGAUAUUAAAAAUAUAUUUAGCUUGAAUUGAUUUCCUCUUUAGUUGA